GAGUUGAUGGCGACACAGCCUGGAGUCUACAUUAGAGAGUGAGCUGGCGCGAGUUACGCCCGUAAUUGUCGCCGCUCUUCGCAGGAGAGGAGCUCUGUCCUGGCCAGUUACCGCCGCGUGGAGAUCCGUUAGAUGAGUGCUUUUCUGGCGAAAAGGAACAUCAAUUAUUGACUGACCAUGUCUGAAGACUGGGAGAGUGAACUGGACAGCUCACCUGCGUGUGUUCCAAAUUUUACAAACUUGGAACCAGAUAGACAAGAGAGAGCUAGAAAUUCAUAUGCUUCCAACAGUGAAUUCAAUCAAAACUUUGGAUCUGCGGAAAGGUGUUUCGGGAGCCAAAGAGGGAGUAGAUCUGAUGGAAGCACAUUCAACAGAGGAAAACGAUCUGAUGGUGGUUUUGAUAGAGGAAACCGAUCUGAUGGAGGGGGUUUUGACAGAGGGAACAGAUCUGAUGGGGGCAGUUUUGACAGAGGGAAUAGAUCAGAUGGCAGUUUUGACAGAGGUCAUCUAGUUUGUCUUGGAGCUCCCGAAUCAUGCCAAUGGACGAGUCAGCCGAGGACUCCACAGUAUGGACCGUGUCUUCCAGGGAAUAGAUCUGACAGGGGCAGUUUCGACAGAGGUCGUGGUAGAGGAAGCUCUGGCAUGUUCAGCAGAGAAUAUGGUGAAAGAGAAAAUGAAAAUCAGUCUCAGUCUUCAUGGAGAGGAGGGUUUAAUGACAACGAUCGUUCAAAACGUAAUGGUUUCCAAAGAAGAGGGGGUUUUGAUAGUGAAAAUGGAAAUGAAUCGAGAGGAUUUUCAGGCAGAGAUGGCUUUAACAAUGAAAACUCUGGUUUUGGAUCAAGGGGACGAAGAGGUGGAAGAGGAGAUGAACGUGGUGAUACUGAUGAUACAAGAGACUUUGGAAGAAGAGGUGAUCGUGGUGAUACUGACAACACAAGAGGCUUUGGAAGAAGAGGUGGAUACCGGGGGAGAAAUGAAGAUAUUGGUGUGGAAUCUGGAAAAGGUCAAGAUGAUUUUGAAAAGUCAGACCUAGGUCCCAAAGUGUCCUAUAUACCACCUCCACCACCUGAAUCUGAAGAUGAUAUAUUUAAACAUUAUCAAACUGGUAUUAAUUUUGACAAAUAUGAUGACAUUGUUGUCGAUGUAUCUGGAAUUGAUGCUCCACCUGCUAUACUGACUUUCGAAGAAGCAAAUCUGAGUGACACAUUAUACCGAAAUGUAGCUAAGGCUGGAUAUGUGAAGUUGACACCAAUUCAAAAACACAGUAUUCCUAUCAUAAUUGCUGGUCGCGAUUUAAUGGCAUGUGCCCAAACAGGAUCUGGAAAAACUGCUGCUUUUCUAUUGCCAAUUUUGGCCUACAUGAUGAAAAAUGGAAUUACAGCUAGUAAAUUUAAAGAACUUCAGGAACCUGAAGCUAUCAUUAUUGCACCUACGAGAGAGCUGAUUAACCAAAUAUACCUGGAAGCUCGGAAAUUUUCCUAUGGAACCUGUGUGCGCCCAGUUGUGAUCUAUGGAGGAACACAGACAGGUCAUUCAUUACAACAGAUUUCGCAAGGUGUUAAUAUUCUCUGCGCAACUCCUGGAAGGUUAUUGGAUGUGAUUGACAAAAGGAAGAAAAUUGGAUUGAGUAAAUUGAAAUACCUGGUACUGGAUGAAGCUGAUCGUAUGCUAGACAUGGGGUUUCAAGAAGACAUCAUGAAAUUGCUGCAGAAUGCAGACAUUCCCAGCAGAGAAGAGAGACAAACAUUAAUGUUCAGUGCUACAUUUCCUGCACCUAUUCAAAGCCUUGCUAGAGAGAUUUUGAAGACUGAUUACCUGUUCGUCGUGGUUGGACAAGUUGGUGGUGCUUGCAGCGAUGUGGAGCAGAGAAUAGUCGAAGUUGAAGAAUACGGGAAAAAAGACAAGUUGCUGGAAAUUCUGCAAAACAUAGGUCAUGAACGUACCAUGGUGUUUGUGAAGACAAAAAAGAAAGCGGAUUUCAUUGCUUCAUUUCUUUGUCAGGAAAAAAUAUCAACAACCAGCAUCCAUGGAGAUAGAGAACAAAGGGAGAGAGAGACUGCUCUUCAUUCUUUUCGCUGUGGACAGUGUCCUGUUAUUGUUGCCACUUCUGUGGCUGCCAGAGGACUUGAUAUUGAGAAUGUUCUUCACGUAAUAAACUUUGAUAUCCCAGGUGAUAUUGAUGAGUAUGUACAUAGAAUUGGACGUACUGGUCGCUGUGGCAAUAUUGGAAAAGCAAUAUCCUUUUUUGAUAGAAGAGGGGAUGAUGAACAAAGAGUUGUUCGGUCACUAGUGAAAGUCUUAACAGAUGCUCAUCAGGAGGUACCUGCUUGGCUUGAAGAGAUUGCAUUCAGUGCUCAUGGAAUGUCUAGCUAUAACCCACAGGCAAAUAAAUUUGCUUCAGUAGAUAACAGAAAGAAAGGUGGCUUUCAAGAAGACAAUUACAGCAGUCAAGGAUUCUCACAAAGUGCUACUGUUGCAGAUGAGGAAGAGAAUUGGGGGUAGUUAAAAAGCGAUACGAAAAAACAAAAUGAAGACCGCACACUAGUUAUAGAAUUCGUUUUUGAAAAACCAUGUGUUUGUAUGUUAUAAGCAUUAAAAUACUUGUUCCAGAUGGCUUAAAUAUUAUUAUGUUAACUAGUUAGUAUUCCAUUAUGGAAACAGGAUUUUGGUUUGUAGUACUACAUGUAACAGCUCAUUAAACUCUGUUAAGCACACAAUUAGUUUUUUUUUAUGCUAAUGCAGAUUUGGAUGUGUUUUCCCAAUUGUGCAUGUACAAAAAAUGUGCUGAGUGCAAAAUACAGCUUUACAUGUCAAAUA